CCCGAAUUGGUUUUGCCACCUGCGUUUUCCGAUAAUUCCGCUUGGCAUUUCGUUCCAGAUGGCAGCGCGCGCCCUUCCGUGUCCAGACAAUUCGCUGUACUCUGCACAGUAUGAAAACACCAAUCAUGGGCGCAUGUCUCGCCAACAAGCAGAGAUGUUGCUGACAAGCCACCCAGAGUGCGACUUUCUUGUGCGUGAAUCGGAGCGACAACCCGGCUUCUCGCUGAGCAUGAACAUCAAUGGAUCAAUCAAACACUACAAGAUCCUGUUCGAAGAUGGGCAGCAUUUUGUUGAAAAGUCCAAUCGACGAUUCAACACAAUAUACGAGCUCGUAGCGGACGGACUGGAUGCGAUGGCUGCUCCGGACGCCGGCCCACCACCCAGCGUGCCGCCAAGGACAGCGUUUCCCGCACCAGCUAGCGUGUCCAGCGCGCCAGUUCCGCCCGCAAAGCCUCCCAAGAACCUCCCUGUCGGCAUGUCGAGCAACCCUCGCGUUCAGCCUCCAGUUCCACUAAGCUCUGCAGCUGUGCCGCCGCGUCAACCGUCACCCCCGCUCGGAAGCCGUCUCCCUGCCGAGGACAACAUGAGUCCACCUCCAGCUUCUGCAGGCUUGACGUCGGCGCCAUCGUACGUCAAGGACCACAAGCUGGAAGUAGUGACCUUUACACACUUUACAUGGUGCUUGCACUGCAAAGGACUGCUUUGGGGCCUCAAAUCGCAGGGGUUGAAGUGCAAGGACUGCGGCUACACGUGCCAUCGUCUCUGCAAGGAUCUGGCAGGUGCCUGCGUCCCGCUCAAGAAGCACUUGAAGAAGGUGUUUGGCACCGACCUGACGUUCAUUGUCGUUGUCAGCGAAUCCCGAUACCCAAUCCUGGUCGAAAAGUGCAUCAACGAAGUCGCCAAGCGUGGCAUGCACGAAGAGGGCAUUUAUCGUAUUUCACCCUCUGCGUCCGAGGUUCAAGCGCUGCGGGAUGCCUUUGAGCGAGACCACACGACUGCGGAUGUUUCCUCGGUCGCCGACAUCAACGUCGUGUCUGCGCUCCUGAAGGCAUACAUUCGCGAGCUUCCCAAUCCGUUGAUUCCAUUCGAGUUUUUCGAUCGAUUUUUGGCUACUGCCAAGUCUUCGCAAACCCCUGCUGAACAGCUGAUCGAGUACCAAAAGCACAUUGCCGACCUUCCCGCUCCGCACUAUGAAACGCUCAAGUUUUUGAUGAGCCACUUGAACGACGUUGUCGCACAAUCCGCAGUCAACAAGAUGAAUGCGUCCAACCUGGGCGUGGUGUUUGGCCUGUCCAUCUUCCGUGGUCGCAACGGCGAGGAGCUGCCCGAGUCCAAGCUGCUUGCCACUGUUGUUGGCGUCAUGAUUACCGAUUGUGCCAAAUUGUUCGUGGCCUAGAUCUAGAUCUAGAUAGAUAGUUGUGGAGUAGUUAUUUCUUGAUGCCAAGCAAAAAAGCGGUCGAUAUCUUUUUCUUUUUUUCUUUUUCUUUUGAGGGUUUUCUUCCCUUUUUCCCUUCGCCUCUCGCUGUGCCUCAUCAAGCUGUUGUGAGCAAUUGUUACGGUAUGAUUGAAUUGAAAAUCCAGAACGAAA